AUGAGCAUGUCCGCAUCAUCACUUAAUGAUGCAUCAUUUAUUGAAACAACCCAACUUCAGCAAAUGAAGCAAGACUUAAUCAAAACCAAGCCACCAAAUCAAACUCAAAUAGAUGAAUACUACAGUCGAUUAAUAUCCCAAUUACAAAUCAUAAAGACUAAAGGAGCUGAUGAUGAUAAGUAUGUUGUAUUAUUGAAUGAUGUGUUAUCAAUUUGUUUGUUGAGAUUGAAUGCAUUGGCCACAGAUCGAUUCCAGGAUUCCAACUUGAUAUUUGACUACAUCUUUCAGUUUAUCAAUCACCCUUUUCCUCCAUUGCAAAACUCAUUACAGUCAUUGUUGCUGAAAUUGUUAAUGUUUAAACAAGCAGAAUCAGAAAUACCGCAUUGGAUUGACACAAUAAUGGCAAAAUCUGGGUCCCUCUCCAAAAACUUGUACUUAUUGUUGGAACUACUACUCAAGAAAAUUCAAGAUAAACAAUAUUUUUACAAUCGAUAUCCUGAAUACCCUAUAGAUAGCAUCUUAUUAUUCGACGAUAAAGUCGCCAAUGCGAUUAGUAAAACCAUACAUGUGAUAUAUGAUGGAUUGUAUCCAGAGGACCCACAACAAUGGUACCUAGUUUGGAAAGAUUUAGUCCGAAUCGGGUUAACCAACACUACAAAGAGAAGAUAUGUCAUCACGUAUUUACUACCAAAUUUAGUAAAGAAAGACAGUGGAUGUUUCAAAUUUUUGGUUAAUGACUAUGCCAAUGAUCUUGAAAUAUUGUUGAGUCUUUUGAAUAUGGGACACAAGUUAGAAGUUAUUGAUGAAGAUUUAGAGAAAGUUAUGGAUUCCGAUAUUUUAACAAACUGUUUAGUUAGCGUGGAUCCACAACUAAGAUUGAACUCACUUCAAUUAAUCUUAGGAGUAGAUUUCCGACGUUUAAACAAUAUUGCUAUCUCCAAGUCAACAUUCGACUUAAUAAAGACGAAUUACGUUAUUGAAAUAAACUUGAACGAUUCUGAAAAUCAAGACAAAUUUAUGAGCAUUUUCUAUAGAUUUAUAACAGGAAGACUUAAAACAAGUUUGGGGGAGAAAAACAGCACAGAUUCAAUCCAGCAUGCUGAAGAAUUCAUCUCAUGGCUAUUAAUUUUAUUACAAAACUAUUUACAACCAGGAAGUAACUUCCAACAAACAAUGGGCUCCAUUGGAAUCUUAGGAUAUAUCUGCGAAAAGUUACCAGUUGAUAUUUUUGAGAUUUCACCACUAAUCAAACUAUUAAUCAAGUUAUUGUUUUCUGAUUUUAAGGCUGUCAGAAAUUCAAGUUUGGAGUUGUUAACUCAUUGUAACCCAACUCAUUUGUCUAAAUUUCUUAAAAAUGAAGAACUGGAACUAGUAUCUUAUUCAUUAUCAUUACUUGCAAGUUUAACAGGAAGAGUAAGUGAAGGGGGAGCUAAGGCACUACAAUUUUUAAGCAUAUAUUAUUUUCAGAAUGAAAAGGAGAAACUAUCAGAUUUACUCAACAAGCUAAUCAAGAUGAUUGAUUUAGAUGAAACUUAUAUCCAUGGCCAUUUUGCUGCAUUGAACUUGAUCGUUACUAGUGUAGACAUCCCUAUAGCAGUUUGUCAAGAACUUCUCCAGAAAGUUAUCCAGGUUUGGGAUAAACAAAGAAUAACAUUGUCACAAGAAGCAACCGGAUAUGAGGAUGAAGAGGAAGGAGACGAGGAAGGAAUAGAUGUCAUUGAUCAAGGUGCUAUUAAGAGGAAUUAUUCCUGGAAAUUAGUAAAAUAUUCAAAUGAGUUAAUGAUUACAAUUUUAGGAAAAUAUGCAGAUACUAUAGGAACAGACACAAUAUCACAGUGUUCUGAACUAGUUAUGGAUCAAUUAAGUUCAAUUAAGCAUAAGGGAGCAUUUACUUCAAUAUAUCCUUCAUUCAUUAGACUAUGCCAACUUUGCUUGAAUAGCGACCUCCAAAAUUUGCCCAGAGUAUGGCUCGAUAAUAACUUACAAUUGAUUCAAUCCACAACCCAAUUGAUAUCACGUAGAUCAGGAGGAAUACCUUAUUUGAUAACAGGUAUUUUGAUUGCCAGCAAACAGGAUCUAACCAUUAUUGAAUACUCCUUCAUCCAACUUUUACAAAUUGCAAAUGAAUCAUGUGAUGAAAAAUUGCAAACUAAACAAGAUUUGCCACAAGUUCACGCUUACAAUACCCUUAAGCAGAUAUUUACCGAGAGUACCUUGGCAAAUGAGAGUGUCAGAUUCAUUCAAGAUUCACUUAUACUUUGUUUGGAUAACUUCUCAUCGAGCAAUUGGUCCAUUAGGAAUUGUGCUGUGAUGCUAUUUGGAAGUAUUAAACAAAGAAUUUUUGGGAACAUUGACAAAUAUUCGGCAAAACUAUUCUUUUCCAGAUUUCCUAAAUUGAAGAAUGUACUUUUGAGUUAUUUACGAAAGUUUAGAAAGAAUCAAGUAAGCAACCAAUCAAUAUUUCCGAUUAUGAUGAUAUUGGCCCAGUUAGACUUUAAUGAUACGGAAUCGACUGAAUUCAUUAAGUUAUUGAAACCAUGCUUAGGUGAGCCAGCAUGGAAGAUCAGAGAAUUAGCAGCCCGUGCUUUGGAAAAUAUUUUCAGCGAGGAAGAGUUAUGUGGUUUUGCGGAGCGAAUAUUGGAAGAACUUCCCAAAGGAUCCAAUUUGAUUCAUGGAUUCUUUCUUUGUUUGCUAUAUGGAACUCUGAAAAUCAGUAAUAACAUAGCCACAAAAUUGCAACAAAUUUUACCCAAUUUCGUUACUAACCAACCUUAUGUGGUCAUAAAUGCAUUAAUUAAUAUUCUUGCCAAACUACGUGUGAAAAUAGAUUGCGAGAAUCUCAUAAUUUUAAAAAGUUUCUUCAACAAAAGGAUAACCAGUUCCGAAGAUCGCUUGGAUGGAGGAUUGCAACUACUUUUAAACACCCUUGCGACAUUUUUGUUGCAACAAUAUGUUGAUACCAAAGAAAUAACACACCAUGUACAACUAUCUUUGCAGUCGAGAUUUUUUAAUGUACGUGUUGCAGUACUAGAGUAUAUUGAGCAAGAUGGUGUGAAAGUUGACAUAGCAGAUAUUAUCUGGGAUUUAAUCUUACAGGAAGAGUUUUCUUAUGUCUUGUCAAGAGCAUUGAGAUUGUAUUCAAAGAUCAAUAAAGAUAGAGCUCAAGAUAAGAUUACCGUGCUAUCGUCAUUUUUAUGCAACAUCAACGAAAGUGUAAGAUUCUCGGCAUUGGAAUGUCUUGGAAGUUGUAUUCAAGAGGAAAGUACAUUUUGCGGUGAGUUCUUAGAAUUAUGUACAAAUCUUUCAAAAGAGGAAAACCUGUUGGAUUGUAGGAAAAGUGCAAAUAAUGCUAUGGUUUCCUACAUAAGUUCCAGUGGAGAUAGAGGUAAUUUAUAUUAUAGCUGUUUGUUGCUUCUUUUCGAACAUGGUAUUUGUGAUGAUGAUGAAGACAUUAGAACAUUAUCAACAAACUGUUUAUCAAAAUUAUGCGGUAGGAAAUCCGUACCUGAUUCUUAUUUCAUGUCUCAAUAUUUACCUUUGGUUGCUAGUGUGAUUAUUCCUGACAAGCACUACUCCCAGGCUACUUUCAAUAUGUUUAUGAGGAACACACUUGACCAAGAUGCGUUACGAGCUAUUGUUGAGAAAAAGAAGAAGUUCUCAUUAUAUGCUCAUGAAAAGGAUUCAUUGCACAAGAAUGAAUUAGAGCUCAUUUCAAAUAUAAGCAAGUUUCCGAUGGUUUUUGACAAACAACAAUUGGAAAAAUUUGCCAGCAAAGUCAAUGCAGAUAUUGAAUUUGUUCAUGAAUUGAAGGCAUUAUAUGGUGAUAAUUAUUGGAUGUAUGACUAUGUUUUACAUGAAGCCGAGUUCAGAACAAUUGCCAAUGCAAAAUUGCUCUUGCUGGUUAAAGACAACAAGGAAUUAAGACAUGCUGUUGAGUUGCUCAUGGUUGCAAAUAAACCUGAAUAG